AUGGUUCUGAUGAACUGCAUCGAGCGACCUCGAGAAAGACUGUCACUAGUAAUUCGCCAGAACCAGCAGAGUAUCCGUGAAGAGCUCCGAGACUGCACGACGCUGACGAUUGCGCACGGGAUCAACAACCGGAUCGCAUUUGGUAUUGGAGAUGAGCUCGGUGGUGGAAUCCGCAUCAUCAACGGAGUUACAGUGCUUCCAUCAACCAUAUCGUAUCUCUCUGUGACUGUUAUAUAA